AUCACAGCGAGCCUGCCAGCGCCAGCCAAUGGGAAGCGUUCCCGCCAAUGCCAGCCAAUGCCAAGCCUCUCCCCACCCAACCACGUGCCAUGCCUGUCAGCCGAGCGAACUUUUGGUGGGGGGCAAGCCUAUAUAAUGCCGUGCGAGCUCAUUUUGAUUAUUAUUUUGUACUGAUCACUUGCUAAGCAGAAACUCUGUUCGUUUGAAAAAUAAAAUAACUAUUCAUCAAGACAUUACUUUUUAUUUAUGCCACUUUACAACUCAGAAGUGGGAUAGAUAGAAAUUAAUAUGAAGCGCCACAACACUGACGGCGUCGGGAACUUUAUCCGGCCACCGGGAUGGAGAGAAACCUCGCCAACUGAAGAUGAUGAAGACUUUUCGCCACCCGCAAAGAAGAUUUUAAGAAAUCUUUUGGAGAAUGAAGUACAGAGAGCGUUGAAGGAAUUAAAUGAAGAGACACCUACCACUUCCAGAUCAAAAGAACAUCGAGCGGCAUCACUUAUUCCCGAAUUCGAUCCCGAUAGUGAAGAAUGCACCGUAACAACUUGGCUUCGAAAAAUCGAACAACUCGGCGAAAUCCACGGUUGGGAUGACAAAACAAAAGCAUUCCACCUGCAAGACAAACUGAAGGGGCAAGCAAGAAAGUGGUAUAAUAGGCUUGAAGACUACGACCACGAUUGGCACGAGUGGAAAGUUAUGUUGGAGCGAGCGUUUCCGAAACAUCAUGACUUCGGAAACAUGUUGGAGGAGAUGAUGCUCAGAAAAAAACUACCCUCGGAAACAAUGACAAAGUACUAUCAAGACAAAAUUGCCAUGUGUUUCCGAUGUAAGUUAUCGGAUAGCGCAACUGUGUCGUGUAUAAUUCGUGGCCUCCCAGUAUCACUACAACCAAACGCAAGGGCGUACCAGUGUGAGCGGCCAGACGAGUUAUAUGAAGGUUUUCUUAGCGCACUUGAUAAUUAUCGACCACCAAAUCCUGAAACACGAAUGCCAGCCAGAGACCACCGGCUAUCGAUAGAGAAGAGAAACCAUCCAUUUAACCCCGAUGUUGACCCGUGCCCAAGAUGCAGAAAGACCGGCCACAUACUGCGAAAUUGCCCUCAACCUGAUCAGCGUACUUGCUUCAAAUGUGGCAAGCAGGGCCACAUUGCCACGCGGUGCAGCUCUCAGACUACGAGACCUACAAACUUAGAACUCGACUCCGGUAUCAAAGAAAUCAAGAUGGUGCAAAACUACAACAAUGCAUACAAAAAGGUGGCUAAAGUUAACGGUGCUUACGUCAAAGCGUAUUUGGAUACAGGAAGUCAAGUAAAUGUCCUUUCCAUACAAGUGUCGCGAUUGUUGGACCUUAAAGUUAUUCCAACGGACGUAACACUGAAAGGGUUCUCCGGAGGUAUGAUUACCAGUCGUGGGGUAGUUGAAUUCCUGUUAGAAAUCGAUGGAAUACAAACCCGUUGUAAGGCUCACCUUACCGACACCAACAUGGAUGGCAUUAACCUACUCAUUGGCCAACCAGUCAUUAAUGCCGAAGGAAUAACGAUGGUUGUCUGCAACGGUACAGUAACACUCAAGGAAGAUACUGACUUUUUGAAGCAAAUGGAUGUUUCUGAAGACUGUUCGAGAUUUGAAGUAGUCACCGCUAGCGAAGAAUGUCUACCGCCUGGCACUUCCAUAAUCAAGGUUAACGUGCUUGGUAAUACAGACAACAACGAUGUCAUCACGAAGCCUCGCCACUUCGAAUUACAAGACGUUUCUUAUUCGUUGCCGGCGACCCUCCUCCGUGGUGGUACGGGAUACAUCAAGGUCGUCAACACUGGAGCGGAGGAGAUCAAGUGGCAGCCAGGCGAGGUGCUUGCGAGAGCUGAUACUUGCGAGGCGCCACCACCAUCAGAUGCUCAGGAUGGCCGACUGUAACGGCCAAUCACAGCGAGCCUGCCAGCGCCAGCCAAUGGGAAGCGUUCCCGCCAAUGCCAGCCAAUGCCAAGCCUCUCCCCACCCAACCACGUGCCAUGCCUGUCAGCCGAGCGAACUUUUGGUGGGGGGCAAGCCUAUAUAAUGCCGUGCGAGCUCAUUUUGAUUAUUAUUUUGUACUGAUCACUUGCUAAGCAGAAACUCUGUUCGUUUGAAAAAUAAAAUAACUAUUCAUCAAGACAUUACUUUUUAUUU